AUGGCUUCGAAGUUCCUGAGAGAGUACAAGCUUGUUGUUGUAGGCGGUGGUGGUGUCGGAAAGUCGUGUUUGACCAUCCAAUUGAUACAGAGCCACUUCGUGGAUGAAUAUGAUCCCACAAUUGAAGAUUCCUACCGCAAGCAAUGCGUGAUCGACGAAGAAGUAGCGCUCCUCGAUGUUCUCGAUACCGCCGGCCAGGAGGAGUACUCGGCAAUGCGCGAGCAAUAUAUGCGGACGGGCGAGGGUUUCCUGCUUGUAUACAGCAUCACCAGCAGGCAGAGCUUUGAGGAGAUCAUGACGUUCCAGCAACAGAUUCUGAGGGUCAAGGAUAAGGAUUACUUCCCCAUCAUCGUGGUGGGCAAUAAGUGCGAUUUGGAGGGCGAGAGACAGGUUUCUAAACAAGAGGGAGAGGCCUUGGCCCGAUCAUUCGGAUGCAAAUUCAUCGAGACGUCCGCCAAGUCCCGCAUCAACGUCGACAACGCGUUCUUCGAUAUCGUCCGCGAGAUUAGACGCUAUAACAAAGAGAUGGCCGGCUACUCAGCAGGCGUAUCAAGCGGCGCCGGCGGCAACGGCCAGCUUGGGAAGAUGGAGUCCGGUAGCGGCGGGGAUAAUGAUAGGGGAUGCUGUGGGAAGUGCGUGGUAAUGUAA